UAUUCUUGCUUGGAAGAUUUACCCUUGGAUUAGACAAUUUCAUUUGCUUCAUUGCCUCUCUAUGGGCACCCCCUGCUCCUGCCAAGAAGGAAAUGGGCAUCUAAAGCACUUUCCUUACAUUCAAGCACAAUAAGAGGCUAUUAAGGGGCAGUGCCAAUGUGCCACACCUGGAGACCAUAGUGCAACUGUUUCCCACUGAGCCACCCAAUCUCUCUUGCCUUCAUAGAAACAAACCUUGAGCAACACACAAACACAACUGUAUAUAAAGGAAGAGUGAAAGCGAGAGGAACCACAUCCCGGCACUCCCUGACCAUGGCAGCCUCAAUCCUUAUCCUCCUGGUUACAGCCCUCCUGAUUGGCACAGCCUACUCCUUCAGUUGUUACACCUGCAUUGCUCAGAGCAGAAAUGAAGACUGUAUGAGCACAACCACUUGCUCCGCGUCUGAACCCUACUGCAUGACUACUGUCGCUUCCGCCGGAAUAGGUUCCCUGAAAUACACGUCCAUCACUAAGACCUGUUCCAUUGCCUGUAAGGCGAGCAGCUUUGGGACUUCCCUGGGUUCUGGUUCCGUUUCCUGCUGCAGCACCAGCCUGUGCAACGUGAGCGGUGCCAGCGGCAUAAAAUACAGUUACUCUGCGCUGGUUCUGUCCCUCGGGCUCCUAUUGGUCCUCCGGAGAAACUGA